CAACCCCGGAAGUGCCACUUCCAUUCAUUUGUACGACAUGAAGAUCAUGUAACAUACCAGAAUCGUGUAAAUUGUGCACAGAGAAAUCGGCUCGUUAAAAAAAUUCAGAUAUGACAGUUAUAUUGUUGUGUCUUCUUCAAGAUCGCACCGGUAGGUAGUUAUGCUGGCUAGGUCUCUGACUGCUUUAAUAUGGCGAAGACUGCAUCAGCCUUUGGAGAGGACACUCUACUCCAGAGUAGUCCCUGGAACAGCAUUAAAGCUGGAGAAAUGUCCUGGUUCUGGGCUCAGGUGCAGUCUACCACGAGUGCUGUCCGGCAGCACCUCAUCACACAAACUUCACACACAAUGCAAGAACAAUCACACCACCUCACUCAGUGAUGCCUGGUCAUCUAGACUGCGUAACAGAGCCUUUAACAGACUCCCAUAUUUUUUUAACACAAGUUAUGGCACAACAUUCAAAACAUGGAGCGUACAAAGAACAUUUCAGUCUACCAGUGGAACUACCAAAUCUGUGCUGAAGCAAGCGGGCAUGCCUGGAAAAAAGACAUUAAAGGGACCAAGGACAAAGCAGCCAUCCAGAGCCAAUCUGCCAGCCCCAGAAGAGGAUAUGAUGCAAUGUGUCGCCUAUGCAACUGCUGAACAGUACCACCUGCCUACUCUCUGUCAUGACCUAAUAGCUAAUGGCUUUUUUGAAAUAAGAGACUUACCCAGGGAUGCAGCUAAUGUUCUGGUGAUUGGGACAGAAAUUGCAUCAAAGCCAGAUGACAAUGCUAUGAUGUUUUUCUUCAGGGAAGGCUCAGUGGUUUUCUGGAAUGUUGAUGACAAAACUAUAAAGAAAGUCAUGCGGAUAUUGGAGCAACAUGAGAUUCAGCCGUAUGAGGUGGCUUUGGUCCACUGGGAAAAUGAAGAAAUUAAUUACUCAAUAGAAGAAGGAAGCACAAAGCUUCAUCGAGGAAACUUCAUAUUCAAUAGUGACAUGGACUAUGAGCAAGUUCUUCUGGAGAAAUUUGCAUUUUCUAAUGCCCUGUCUCUAUCAGUUAAGCUGGCGAUAUGGGAGAUCUCUCUGGAUAACUUUGUUGAAUCUAUUCAGCCAAUUCCAGAGACACUCAAGUCUGGGAAGUCAGUCAAACUGUCCAGGGCAGAGGUCUUGCAGAAAAUAGGAGAACUCUUUGCUCUGAGGCAUUGCAUUAAUCUGAGUUCAGAUCUGCUCAUCACUCCUGAUUUCUACUGGGACAGAGAGGACCUGGAGCAACUGUAUGACAAGACAUGUCAGUUUCUCAGUAUUAACCGUAGGGUCAAGGUUGUGAAUGAAAAGCUGCAGCACUGCACGGAACUGACAGACCUGAUGAGGAAUCAUCUUAGUGAGAAGCACAGUCUCCGACUGGAGUGGAUGAUUGUAAUCCUGAUCACUAUUGAGGUGAUGUUUGAACUUGCUCGUGUGCUCUUCUGAGGAGACAGAAGUCUUUGAGGAGGAUAUCACUGCUACUGUGAAAUCAGACAACCAUGUUCCAAAGUAUUUCAGUCUUUAAACAGUUUGACUGCAUCUUUUGUAACCUUUAAUCAGUAGACCGGUCAGAUGCUUGCUAUAGUGCUGUAUAGUGCUGUAAGUUUCCAUUAUAUAAAUAAAAUUCAUUGCACAACUAUUUAGAAAGACUUGGAUUUAUUGUCAAAACAACAAUAUGUAUAAUCUGUCUGUCUGCAUUAAAAAAGAAUUAUUGUAAUAGCAAAUUUAUUUAUUUUUACCCAAAAUGCUGUAAAUUCAAUAAAGAGGGGGCAACUGA